AAAGAUAUUACAAUCUAUUCCCCUCAAAACAACUUUUAUUCAUGAUUUUCUCCUUAAUAUUGAUUCAUUGAUUCAAUCAUAAGUUUUCACGAUAUUGCAAUUCUGAUAUUCCAUUGAUAGCCUUCUUUAUUUAUCGUUCCUGAGGUAAUUCACCUUAAGUAUGAGCGCUUCAUCAAGAAUCGUCCGCAGUGCGGCGCAAACAUCUUUCAUAGGAGGUUUGUCACAUUCAUUCUAACCUGGCGAUUGGAAAUCUAUCAGUACUAAAAAUUAUCCUUAGCCCGUGCUCUUCAACGAUCUUCGCUCAGUCCUACGGCAGCAUAUUUACGCCGUAAUGCUCGAACUCUCCCAUCACAAGUGCCAGCGCUGGCCAUUUUAAUCCCGCGAAGAGGUGUGACGACAGAUACUCAUACAUCGGGAGGAACAAACGGUGCACCACCUCCUGGUUUCAAUGCCGAACAAGCCAGAAAACCGAUAAAGGAGACCCCAGCCAGCGCCAGUGCGACAUCGAAAGCCGCUGCCAAACAAGCCGUCAAACAUGAAAUAGACCCUAUUCCGAGCAAUGAGGCCACUGGAGUAGCGAAAACGGAUGCUUCUGAAGGCUUGACGCUCUCAGAAUUGGCUGGUUCAACUGGAAAGUCCGUGGAGAAGCCGGACGGUGAGAAAGCAGAGAAGAAACUGACACUGGCACAAAAGAUCAAGAAAGAGGCUGCACAUUACUGGGACGGUACGAAGUUGCUUGGAACCGAAAUUAAGAUCAGUUCACGUUUGGCUUUGAAGAUGGCUGCAGGAUAUGAGCUCAGUCGCAGAGAGCACAGGCAACUACGAAGAACAGUCCAGGAUAUGGCUCGACUAGUACCAUUCUCGGUAUUUGUUCUCGUGCCAUUUGCAGAACUUCUCCUUCCUAUCGCUCUCAAACUGUUCCCCAACAUGCUCCCAAGCACAUACGAGGCACAGAAGUCAAAGGAUGCCAAAGUAUCUUCACUUCGAGCUACUCGAAAGGAUGUUAGCAACUUUUUGCGAAGCACCAUGAAAGAGACCGGACUGCCAUUAAGCUCAGCAAAUGCUCAAAAGGAAGAGUUCGCACAAUUUUUCCGCAAAGUUCGAGCUACAGGUGAAACUCCUACUGCUUCAGAAGUCAUCAAGGUUUGCCAAAUAUUCAAGGACGAUUUAACUUUAGACAAUUUGUCUCGCCCCCAACUCGUUGGUAUGUGCAGAUAUAUGAACCUCAACACAUUUGGUACAGAUACUAUGCUCCGUUACCAGAUUCGUCAUCGUAUGAGACAAAUCAAGAGAGACGAUAGAGCUAUUAGUUUCGAAGGUGUGGAAAGUUUGUCUGUCCCAGAACUUCAAGUUGCUUGCCUCAACCGUGGUAUCAGGACUCAUGGAGUGUCUCCUGCCCGGCUCCGUGAUGAUCUUCAAUCUUGGUUAGAAUUGAGACUUAAGCAUGGAGUUCCCUCCACGUUAUUAGUAUUGAGCAAUGCAUUCAUGUAUGCUCAGGGUAAGGAGGCCGAAUUCUCAACCCAAAUUGAUGCACUUACCGGUGUCCUGUCAUCUAUUCCAGAGGAAUUAUUCCACGAGAUUGAGCUUGAAGUUCACAAUGCUGAGGGCGCUGCCACCAACAAGCAACGUCUUGAGGUUUUGAAGGAGCAACAAGAGCUCAUUGAGGAAGAAAACGAGCAAAACGAGGAAAACACCGAGGAAGGCAGAGCCACCCCUCGGGACAACGAAGACAUCGACGAAAAGGAAGAAAGACGAAUGGAAGCUAAAGAUGGAGCAGAGCAGGAGCAAGUGAAUGAGGCAAUUGGUGCUGAGAAAGAAGGUGAACUACUAAAGGAAGAAAUUAAGGCAAGAGAUGCAAAGCCAUGAGCCUGCCCUCAUGUGGAUAUUUGAACAUUCUUCUCUCUUGUUGUUUUAACAGCUAGCAUUACUGGAUCUGGUUUACGCAUGGAUAAAAUGGAUUGGAUGGGAAAUGCAAUAGAAAUUUACAUUUAUAGACCACUGAUAUGCCAUGAGCAUCAGUAUAGCAGCAGCACAGGCGGUAUUAAAAAUAGCAAUCAAUACCGAUACUUUUUUGUAAUUAACCCCCUUCAA